UGAGUUUCAUGAAAAUGAAACAAACCUGACUGUAAGGAAGUAAAAUCGUAAAAAGCUCACUGGGGAGACAAUAACAUACAACUGAGAGAGAAGAUCCUGUGCAGUGUGGUGCAAAGACGUCCAGGAGAACUGCUGACAGCUUUAUCUCAAACAAAUAACAUUUCUAGAUGGGACGACCACAGAAAUCCUCUCCCACCACCAAAGGGAGUGAGUCCAAUUCAGAAAAUGAUGUGUGCACUCCAAAAUCUGCACCUGCAGCACAGAGGUCCCAACCAGAAAAGGUCUGUACCCCAAAAACUGAGCCUACACCACAAAGAAAAAGGACGCCUGCAGUGCAAGGAAGCAGAUCAGCUUCCAAGGACAUUCAAAAUAGUAAAGCAAGUGUGGGAUGUGCAACCUCAACAAUGAAGGCCCCAGAUGUUUAUGGAACUAGGAGUAGAGAAAAGUUAACUACUUCCCGAGGAGGAAGGACAAAAUCUGGGGUGCAGUAUUCUAUCACCCCACAGCAAGUCAUGGAGGAUUCUGAUCCACCCUCCAGCUCUUCUUCAAGCUGUAAACCAAAAUCACCUCCCAUGAGCAAACCAUUCUCUAGAGAGGAUAUAGCCAACAUAGAAAUGGAGACCCGUGGACAAAGAGAGAACCCAAAAUGGUAUAGCUGGCGCCAGAACCGCAUAACUGCUUCUAUGGCACAUCAAAUUUCACAUAGCAGAUUUGUUAAUCAGCAGACUGAGGAGAUUCCACGUAGUUAUCUGAAUGCUGUGUUAGGCACCGGACCCAGAGUGCAGACAGCAGCCAUGAAUUGGGGAAUAAGGAAUGAAAAAAGAGCUGUUCAGGCAUUUGUGAAAGAGUUAUCGCAAAGAGAAGGUAGACAAAUAAAGGUAGUUGACUGUGGCCUUUUUAUCCAUCCUGAGAAAGACUGGCUAGCAGCAAGUCCAGAUGGGCUGGUGUAUGAUGGGCACACAGGGGAGGAACUUGGCCUGCUGGAGGUGAAAUGCCCAUAUAAACACAGAGAUCAUACAGUGAGAGAGGCUUGCGCUGAUCGCAACUUCUGCCUGACAUUUGAUGGAGAUACCUAUACAUUGCGCAAAAAUCAUGCCUACUAUACCCAGGUACAGUGCCAACUGGCAGCCACAAGGCAAAGUUCUGCUCACUUUGUAGUGCAUACAAAUAAAGAGACAGCAAUUGCUCAUGUGAAUGUUGAUCCCAAGUUUUGGGAUGAGACUGAAUCAAAACUGGAAAAAUUCUACCAAGAAGCUGUGAUUCCUUGCCUAAAGAGGAAGGAUGGGGGCAGUAAGGGUGUAAUGGAGCACGCAAUGAGGGCAGCAGAAGAGUGAGAACUGUGACAAGUCCAGUGGCAGCUCUGAGCCAAGUUCUGAGCGAAGGAUCUGCAUCCAUAAACCUUAAAGAACUGAGCUGCCCAGUAUUUGCAUAGAAGUACCAUUUUUAUAUGUCAAGUGUGCUACACAGAGCAAUGAGGGUAAUGGUAGGAAUUAACAGGAGAUGAGGUUCCUUAAUCAGUACCCAUUUUACCCUUGAUAUUUAGUUUUGAGGUUAACAUUUUACACUAUCAAUUUCUUGAACCACCUAUAUGCAGAGGGUCAAUGAAUUAUGAAGCAAGUUUGCAAGUAUCAUCUAAGACUUUCUAUAAACACAGUACUUUAUUCUGUGUUGUUUCACUGUAGCAACAGCCAUUUGUAAAUGUAAAAUGAUAUUAACCCAGAAAAGACAAUAUAUAUUUUUUUGAUUUUUAAAUAACUUAAUUAAAAUUGAUAUUAGCCAGCAGAAAUAUAUACAAGGACAAGUACAUUAGAUAUUUUGGGAUGAGACUAAAACAAAACUGGAAAAAUAUUUACCAUGUAAAAUCUUCAUUUAAAACAUUAUAUUAUACUCCUGUACUCUUAUUUAGGUAAUAAUUUUGAUGCAUCUGACAGUUUAACGUCUUUACUCCAACUGUGCCUUAAAGGGACAGUCUAAUCAAAAUCAUGAUUCAGAUAGGGCAUGCAAUUUUAAACAACUUUCCAAUUUACUUUUAUCAUCAAAUUUGCUUUGUUCCCUUGGUGGUAUUUUUGAAAAGCUAAACCUAGCUAGUCUCAAACUGAUUUCUAAACCGUUGAAAACUGCCUCUUAGCUCAGAGCAUUUUGAAAGUUUUUUCACUGGGCGCGUUCGGGCAGCGCUCCAAGCGAACUGGGACUCGCUUGGAGCGUUUUUCUCACACUUGCAAGUGAGAUGCCUGGCGUUUUUUGAGCGCUCUGAUGACGUAAGUCCCAGCGCUUCCAGCGUGCUGGAAAAGCUGGGACUUUUCAGAACAAGCUCAGAUGCUUGCAACAUGGCAGCCUCCACACACGUGUUGCUGUGGAGGCUCCCAUGUUUUUAUAAGCUGCAGAGGAGGGACAGGUGAGGCGGAUAAGUCUGACAGCAGCAUUUAGUACAGGGCAAAGGGGAGAUAGGCUACUUAACCUAUCCCCACUUUGCCUUGUACUAAAUGCUGCUGUCAGACUUAUCCGGUGUUAUGCCGAGAAUGGUUUCUUAACACACUAGCCUAACGUCCGUCCAGGCUACCUCCCACUUCUACUAAACUACACCCAGGAUACCUCCCCACUCCUCCAAAUUCCCACCCAGCUACGUUGGGACAGAUGAGCUGUUAGGCAUAGUGUUAUCUUUAGAUGUGUGGGCGGGGUUCUGGGAAUUGCUGAUUUUCAUAGACCCCCAGAUUUUACACAACACCGGUGUUAUGCCGAUAAUGAUUUCCCCAGUCUCUUGGCAAACAUCGCAACUCUGACCAACCUCUAUUCAGUGCAGGAUAAGCUACAGGGGCUGAGCUGAGGGUAGCUGAAUGGAGGUCGGUCAGAGUUCCGAUGUUUGAGAAGAGACUGGGGAAAUCAUUAUCGGCAUAACACCGGUGUUGUGUAACAGCUACAAGGGAGCUUAGUGAAAACGUUCGCAUGCACAGUCCAUUAUUGUGCAGCAGAUCUCUUUGCGCAUGCGAAUGUUUUUUCUAAGCUCCCUUGCUUGUGACGUCACCUAGCGCCACGUCAUCGCUGGGAGUGAAGCACUCCCACUAGCUCCUGAGCGCUGCCCGAACGCGGCCACUGUUAGGUAGUACUAGUUCAUAUGUGUCAUACAGAUAACAUUGUGCUCACUGACAGGGGCAUAUUAUGGCCUAGGCCAACAAGGCCGGUGCCUAGGGAGGCAUAUUUGGGAGGGGCAGCACAUCUGCCCUAUCCUCUCUCUAAAAGCCAGCACACAGUACAGUGAGCGAUAAAGUGCAGGCUUUUAAUUAGAAGACAAGGCACAUGCAAUGAUUAAGGUCGCUGCUUCAUUUAUGGCCGCCGGCAUUUUUGCAUUGGAAGCGUUCUUGGUGAGAAACUUGUCCGGGGAUAUGCUUACAAGGUGAGGCUGGAGGAGAAGACCUUGUGCCGACAUGCUACCUUCCCUUGUCAGCUGUGGUGGGUCUGCGAGCGCAGUGCUUAUUGCAGGUCUUAGUAACUAACAGACUGGAUGCAGCUGUGCACUGUUUAGAUCAGCUUGUGAUGUCUAAUUAUAAACUCUCAGCGCUAAUGUAUGUUAGCUACUAAUAGCUUUCUCUGCAUUCAUGAACUCACGGAGUAAAUAGUAAACGGACACUUAAAAAGUUUAAUUACUUGAAUGAUGGUAAUUACUGUAUGUUGUUGCAUGUGAAGGGCAGCGAUUGUUUCAAAGUGUAUUCUUCUUUCUCUUUCUCCCUCCCUUUCUCACUCAACUCUCUUCCUCCCUCAACUCACUCCCUUCUUUCUUUACCUCCCUCUCUUCUUUCUCUCAAAUCCCUCCCUUCUUUCACUCCUUUCUUUACCUCCCCCUCCCACUUUUCUAUUCUCUGUCUCUUUCUCUCUCUCUCCCUCCAUUAUUUCCUUUCCCUCACUUUUCUCCCCUCUCCUUCUUUUCUCUCCCUUCUCUCAGGGAGAAAAUGGUAUGAGAUGCAUGCAAUUCAACCCACUCGUAUGCAGGUGUUUUGCUAUCUCAUUUUCUUUUGAAUUGUUAUGAAAUAAAAAACAAAAAACAUUGUACACACUGACCCCAAAAAAUGUUAAGGGAGAAAAAAAAGGCCUAAAAUCUUUGGGGGGGGGGGGCAGCAGAAUUUUGAGUGCCUAGGGCAGCACAAAACCUAAAUACGCCACUGUCUCACUCCCGUGAAGUUAUUUAGGAGUCUGCACUGAUUGGCUAAACAAGAGACAAAUGUGUGCCGGCACCAAUUAGCAGCUAGCUGUAAAAUAUGUGCAUAUUCUUUUUGAACAUGGGACAUCAAAAGAACAAAGCGCAUUUGAAAAUAGAAGUGACUUUAAAUGAGUCUGAAAAUGACAUAGUCUAUCUGAAUCAUGCAAGUUUAAUUUUGACUUUCCUAUCCCUUUAAGCUAGACUGUGUGAAUGGAGAUGAUUUGUAUGAAGUUUGUUGUAACAAUUUGUAUAAAGUUGUAAAAUAAAGUUUUUUCCCCCAGUAA